GAAAUAUUUGUUCAGUAUUAAAUGUCAGUAACACCCUACAUUGUUCCCACUACCUAUAAAUUGGGACAAAAUGUGACAUGAAUCGCAGCAGCACCUUCUCGUCUUCACCUGUGCUGAACUAUCCUCUCUCCAGAGCCUGGAUAUAGGACUGGGGAAAGAGACCAUUUUAUGAGAGAGGGGGUGCAUCUUUCCGGGUUUUCUGAAUAAAAAGCAAAUUCUGGAUCUUUAAUUUGUAUAUCAGGAAAUGGAGUUGGGGUGGGUUGCAGUAGUGCUUGGGGUUGUGGGUUUAAGUUUGUGGUGGGUUCUCAGAAGGGUGAAUGGUUGGUACUAUGAGAGAGUGAAGCUUGGUGAGCAGAGGUGUUCUUUGCCUCCUGGUGAUCUGGGUUGGCCUUUCAUUGGCAACAUGUGGUCUUUCCUCACUGCUUUCAAGUCCCCCAACCCAGAUUCCUUCAUCUCCUCCUUUGUUUCCAGAUAUGGACGCACUGGGAUGUACAAGGCGUUCAUGUUUGGAAGCCCAAGUAUCAUAGUUACAACACCAGAAGGCUGCCGGAGGGUACUAUCAGAUGAUGAAGCUUUCCAGCCUGGCUGGCCAGCUUCCACUGCGCAACUCAUAGGAAAAAAGUCUUUUGUCAGCAUUUCCUAUGAAGAACACAAGCGCUUGCGUAAGUUGACAGCAGCCCCGGUAAAUGGGCAUGAGGCUUUGUCAUUGUACAUUGACUUCAUUGAGGAGAAGGUGAAGAUUGCUCUGGAGAAAUGGGAUUCGAUGGGAAAAAUAGAGUUCCUGACCGAGCUUCGGAAGCUCACAUUCAGGAUAAUCAUGUAUAUUUUCUUGAGCUCGGAGAGUGAGGAUGUAAUGGAGGCCUUGGAGAGGGAAUACACAAAUCUGAACUAUGGAGUUAGAGCGAUGUCAAUUAACAUUCCGGGCUUUGCUUACCAUAGUGCACUUAAGGCGCGGAAAAAGCUUGUGGCAAAAUUUCAGUCCAUAUUGCUUGAACGACGAGAGAUGAAGUUAAGGAAGAAUGGUUCUAAUGAGAAAAAAGACAUGCUGGAUAGACUGCUAGAAGUUAAAGAUGAGAAUGGUGACGAGUUGGACGAUGAGGAAAUAAUUGAUGUUCUGAUUAUGUACUUGAAUGCUGGUCAUGAAUCUUCUGGCCAUAUCACAAUGUGGGCUACUGUCUUUCUGCAGAAACACCCUGAGUUCUUCAAAAGAGCCAAGGCAGAGCAAGAGGAAAUUGUACGAAAUAGGCCUCCUGAUCAGAAGGGUUUGACACUGAAAGAAAUCCGGCAGAUGGAAUAUCUGUCUAAGGUGAUCGACGAAACACUCCGUAUAGUAACAUUCUCUCUUGUUGUCUUCCGAGAGGCGAAGAAGGAUGUGAAUGUCUCAGGUUACACAAUUCCAAAGGGAUGGAAAGUUUUGGUGUGGUUUAGGGGUGUGCACUUAGAUCAAGAUAUAUAUGAUGAUCCGUUGGAAUUCAAUCCUUCCAGAUGGGAUAAUCUAAUACCAAGGGCAGGAGCAUUUUUACCAUUUGGAUUGGGCAGCAGAUUGUGCCCUGGAAACGAUCUUGCCAAACUCGAAAUAUCAAUUUUUCUGCACUAUUUCCUGCUCGGUUAUGAGCUGGAGAGGGAUAAUCCUGACUGCCCAAUGAUGUAUUUACCACAUUGUAGGCCUAAAGACAACUGUGUGGGAAAAGUGAGAAGAUCAAACUCACCUGCUCCCGUUGGAUAGACAGCAGCCUGACUCUAAGGCUGAUCUGAUGAUGAUGGUUUGAUGAAAAACGAUACCCGCCUAUACUGAUGAUUGUAAUGAAACUACGAAAGUAGUAUGUAAGGAAAGACGUGUUUAUGCAGCUUAAAGCAUAUAUAAUUUCUGUGUUACUAGCAAAACUUCAAUAUAAUCAAUAAUAAUACAUUAGUAAUACACUCAUUUUUUACGGGAAUAAAGAAGCACAAUAUUACCUAUAGUUUUGUGAUAUACG